AUGGAGAAAUUGGAGGACGGCGACCCGCGACAAAGGCGGCAUAUCGGUGGCGAUGCGGCGCCAGCGACGAGGAAGACAGAUAAAUGUGAAGAAGAAAGGGGAGGAGAGGCCAACGACGACGAAAAAAUUAUUCUUCGGAUCAUUCGAACGCACGGGCCGCUGUUUGUCUGCGAGAAUCCCUCACUCUUCCUGCGGACACUUCCGCAGGCGCGCAAGAAGCACUACCGCAGCGACCACCUCAGUAUUGAAGAGCUGGAGUACUUGGGCCACUCCUUUGACAUUGUCUUCAAGAACGAGCAGGACUCACACCGUCGUGCGUGUCUUCGUGAAAGGCAUGCAACCUUCUGCCGGGUGUACCGCUACCUCACGGAUGAGAUGGGACUGCGACUGCGCCACGGGAGCCAAUUUGGUGCAGCAUUCAUUGGCUACCGUGAUGUGAGCGGACAUGGCGAAUAUUUGGUGUAUUUGGGGCCCUUGUCGCGACUGGAAGAAGUUGCGGCGGUUCGGGUGGCACGCAGCGUCGCAAAGGAGGCGUGGGUGGCGGAGGAACAGCAAGACGGCAGCGGUUUCUCCUUCACGAGACUGAGCCCGUCCGUCUCGGGGAGAGCGUCGCGCGAAACGCCACGUCAAUUAGUGAUGGGGACAAAUGGGCCAAAAACUGUCAGCUAA